AUGAUGAGGAAUGUGUUCACAACAGAUGUUCUGAAUAAUGAAUUUUCUUCAUUUCCACCCACCAUAGUCUACAGCGCGAGUACUGCUAAAAAUUCUUCACUAGCUGACGAAUGCAAAGUUGCAGGUGCUAUGUUAGUAUUAUCAAACAAUGUUGAUGAAGUUCAUCGUAUCAUUAUCGAAAGUGUUUUUCCUUCCAUAUCAUUCAAUUUUCUCUUUAAUCCUCUAUUACAGCAAACAACUUUAUUAUCGAAUAUUCCAUCAGAAUAUUAUCCUCUUUUUUCUUCUCAUUGUUUAAAUCCAUUACCGGAUAAAUAUGGCGGAAAAUUAGCUGAUAUUCAUGCACUUAAAUUAGUCCUUUUGAAGUGGCGCUUACUAUAUGAUGUAUUGUUGCAUGAUACGCUGCAAGUAUUUGAAUCUUAUUGUGCAUCAAAUAAACAUUACAUUAGUGGUGGUCUGGCAAUAAAUCAUUGGUUAAACUUGCGCGGUUUUCCCUCUCUUCUUACAACUGAUUGUGAUUUUCGUUUCGAAAGCAAAACCAAUAUUGUAAUGUAUGCCAAUCAUAUGAAAUCCGUACUAAAAAAGUAUACACAAAUUGUUCGUGUAAACAUAGCGCAUCUAGGUUUGAAAUGUGAUGAUCCCGAACUUAGUAGAGAUAAUUACGGACGUCGGGUUUAUUUUCCACUUCGUUACUAUAAUUCAUCAUCGUCAGCAUCAGAACUUUCAUGUUAUGAAUUUAUGUGGAAAGUAUUUGACGUAAGUCACAAUUGGCAUGGUGAUUCUAUCGAUAUUAUAAAAGAAAAUGGAUUAUGUUAUAUUGGUGAGAUGGAAUUUUAA